GUCAGAAUACGGCCGCACCACCAGAAUUUGUUGUUUUGCCCAAAAAUACAUCAGCUGAGUCUGGACAGAGUGUUAAAAUGGAGUGUGCAGUAAAUGGGCAGCCACUAGAAAAUGUUCAGAUCACAUGGUACAAAAUCACAAACUCUGGACAGAAACAGUUAAUAGUAAAAAACAGCAAAUAUGAUCUCAGUAAUUAUGAUCGUGUGUUGACAAUCAGUACAGUGGAGGCCACUGAUGCAGGCAUGUUUGAAUGUGAAGGCUCACUUACAGCACAGACAGUUUAUAGCAACAUCACCCAGAGGGCAACUUUGACCGUUUUAGUUCCGCCAGUCGUAUCACAAGUACCUGCACGUCUGCUGAAAGAUUACCAGGAAACUGUUGCCUUACCCUGUGCUGCCCAGGGUUCUCCACAGCCUGAAAUAAACUGGUAUUUCAAUGGCAAGGAAUUAAUGAGCUCAAACAAUACUAGGCAAGUAUUUGUCUUUUUUUUUAAAAUUAAAUUUUCCUGUAUGUACCACAUUGAUGGGAACAACACCUUGUCAAUUGAAAGUGUGGACUCGCCAGAUUCAGGAGUCUACCAGUGUUUUGCUGUUAAUGAAGCAGGAGAAAGUGCCACAUACACAUGGCUCUUGGUCAAUAGUGCUACACCAGCAAUUAUAGAGGCCCCGAAGAAUGCCACUGUGAUCCAACAUGAGGACACUAGCUUCACGUGUAAAGUCACUGGUGGACCUCAACCAGAAGUCUUUUGGAAAAAAGAUGGUGUUAAUGUCACAGUUGGUGGUCGCAUUUUUAAAACACAAGAACAGCUUCUGAUUGGCUCAGUAGAGAAGGCAGACUCUGGGUUGUACUCCUGUAAUGCUGUAAAUAUCAGAGGAGCUGCAUCAGCAAAUGCCAGCCUGAAUGUGAUUAUUAAAACACAAAUCUGUAAACCUCCACAAAAUAUGUCACGGGUUCUAUCCACUGAUGUCAUCUUGGAUUGUGGUGUUUGUAAAGAUGAAUCUGUGAUUCCCUUAUGGACAUGGUAUUUCUAUCCAGCAGCUGAUCCUCAGAAACAGAAUGUCACCUCUGGUGUUGAUGGUGUUCAGAUAUACGCAAAUGGCUCUCUUGGAAUUAGUGGCGUGUUGGGCAAACACAGUGGCAAGUACGAGUGUUUGGUCACGUCUGCUGGUGGUAGUGAUCAAAGGAUUGCAAUUCUGAGUGUCACAGAUAUUCCAUCCAAGCCAUUAGUCACAAGUGUGAUUUUGUAUGAUCAAAUUCCAAACAGUAUCUUGAUAAACUGGACACUUCCCUAUGAUGGAGAUUCUCCUAUAAUUAAGUUUGUCAUAGAGAGCAGACGGGAGACAUCAUCUGGCUCUAGCAUAGACAUCCCUUGGGAAACAGUCAGCAGCAAUGUGAAUGCCAAUCUCCGUUCAGCAGUGAUCACUAACUUACUGCCAUCCAGGCUUUAUCGUUUCCGAGUGAUUGCUGUCAACAGAGUUGGUCCCAGUCUACCCAGUGAAGCAGCACCUGUUGGAGAAGCCAUCAAAAUGCCAGCUCAGCCUCCCAGUGCAGCUCCCUUGAAUUUAUUCUGUGACCCAAGACAGGAAAGAGCCAUUGUUGUCAAAUGGGAGCCACCUCCGGAGACAUCCUGGAAUGGAGAUCUACUAGGCUUUAUGAUCUUUUACAAGGUAAGGAUGAAAGAAUCAAGAAUGGAUGAUACAGCACACAUGCUCUGUCCCCAUUCCUCUGUAGCCAGCAAGGAUGGGAAAGAUGUCCGGGAAACUAGUAUUGACAACCUGGCAUAUAACAAGCGAUACAGAAUCAAAAUUGCUGCUUACAAUGAGAGAGGGCCUGGAGUGAACAGCUCUGAUUUCUUUGUGUCAACAUUGCAGGGUAGACCUGAUUCACCUCCUCUGAAUGUCACUUUGGUGUCACCAACAUCAACUGUGAUAAGAGUGGAGUGGGAUCCUCCUCCAUCAAUACAGCUGAAUGGAGUGAACCAGGGAUAUAAUAUUGAGCUCAGCCAAGAUGGAGACUUCAAGACCAACAUAAGUGUGCGCUUUGAUGAACAGAAUCCCACAGGAAGACAGACAUAUACAAUUUCCAAUUUAAGUAAAUACACUCAGUAUACGAUUCAAAUUGCAUGCAAAACUGGAGCAGGUGUGGGUCCCAAAAGUCCAUCUCAAACAAUACGCACUCUUGAAGAUGUUCCUGGCCCAGUCACAGAACUGAAGAUUGACAAUAUAAGUGACAGAUCACUGCGAGUCAACUGGAAACCCCCUCAGGAACUGAAUGGAGUUCUCCUAGGUUAUGAAGUCAGUAUCCAGGAGAAAAAUGCAAGCCUGAUAGACUCCUUUAAUAGGACUUCAAAUUACACGUCUCACACAUUCAGUAACCUCAAGUAUGAAACUGCAUAUGUUAUCUAUGUACGAGCCAGGACCAAGGUGGGACUUGGACCUGCUAGGACAACUGAGAUUGUUUCUGGUGUACCGCCAGAACUGCCCAAGCCACCAACACAACUUGCAGUGACCAACAUUGAAGCCAGGUCUGUGUUACUGCAGUUUGUCCCAGGUUAUGAUGGCAAGACCUCCAUCACACUGUGGAUAGUUGAGGCUCAGAUAGAUGGCAGCAACAGCUGGAGUCGGAUUUACAACAUCAGUGAUCCAACAGCAGAUCAGAUUACAGUUUACAGUCUCCACCCAUACACAAGCUACAGGCUUCGGAUCAUAGCCCAGAAUAUUGUUGGCAACAGUGUGCCCAGUGAAGCGUGUAACCUGUUCCAGACAAAGCAGGCAGCCCCAGGGAUGCCCCCACAGGAUAUCACUCCAAGAGCCAAUAGCUCAACAUCCAUCAGGAUCCGCUGGAUGCCAGUCCCUCGUUCUGAAUGGAAUGGUGAUUUCCUGGGCUACAAGAUACUUUAUCGAAGAUGGAGCAAAGAUGUUGAUGUAAACACUACAUCCCAGGCAGACUUGGACUUGGUGAGACAGAGUAUUUGGACAGUUGUUGAGUUGAGCAAUGGCAGCAGCAUUCAGGAGUACUAUCUGACUAAGCUGGAGGAGUGGAUGGAUUAUCAGAUACAAAUGCUGUCAUACAAUGCAGUUGGCAACAGCAGUGCAAGUCCAACUCUUUCAGAGAGAACAGAUGAGGAUGUGCCAGCCCAAGGAAAUGUCAUGUCCACAUCGAAAUCAUCAACAACUAUUUUUGUCUCUUGGUCUCCUGUGCCAAUUUUACAGCAGAAUGGAAAUGUUCAGGGUUAUAAGGUAAAGUACAUAGCACUGAGAACUGGGGCUGAGGCCCAGUUCCUGGAAGUUGACGGAGCCAAAAGUCUAAAUGCCACACUGACAGGCCUGCGCAAAUUUACACAGUACAGCAUUCAGGUACUGGCUUCUACUCGUGUGGGUGAUGGCGUUCUCAGUAAUGUCAUCACUGUCAGGACAGCAAGUGAUGUUCCUGGGCCACCAAUAAUCAUCUACUUCCCUCAAGUGAAUGAGACUUCUGCUACAGUGGUAUGGCAGUCUCCAGAAGAACCUAAUGGAGUCAUCAUCAAUUACAAAGUGUCUUACAAACGAAGAGAUGAGCCCAACUCAGUUCUCACAAAUCAAACAAGAGAUCUUCCAGAAACUGUGUUUCAGUACACAGUGAGUGGACUGGCUGCAGAGACCUAUUACGUGUUUUCUGUGCAAGCUAGGACCCAGGACGGAUGGGGUGCUGCUGCCACUGUGGAUGUGUAUACCAUAUCUAAUAGAGAACGGCCUGACCCUCCUGUCAACUUGAGAAUAGACACAUCAGAAGUUCUAGCCAGAUCUGUGAGCAUAAUGUGGGCUCCUGGCAAUGAUAACUUUGGUCCAAUCAGAAACUUCACCGUCCAGUAUCGCAAACAAGGAGACAGCUGGCAGACGGUAGAGGGGACCAUCAAGCCUAAUAUGACAUCAUACACAGUAAAGGGUUUGCAGCCCAAUACAGUAUACUCCUUCAGAGUUGCAGCUGUCAAUGAUAUAGGGAUGAGUGACUUCAGUGCUGCUUCUCAGGAUAUUCGGACAAAGCAAGACAAACCAGAUGGCUCUCCACAAAAUGUGAAAAUUGUGGCUGUCACCAGAACUUCCAUCAAAAUCACUUGGGAUCAACUACAUGAGAGUUUGUGGAACAGCGAUUUCCUACAUGGUUAUUACGUGAGAUACAAACAAGAUAAUGACGAGAAUAUACCCUGGCAAUACCUGUACGCAGAUAGCAUUGAUCUGAUAGUCCCAGACUUAAUGCCAGGACAGAAAUAUACUUGCAAUGUUCUGGCAUACAAUGACCAUGGAGGCGGGCCCUGGAGUCAAGGAGCAUCAGCAUAUUUGGAAAUUGGAACAGAAGCUUUCAGGGAAAGUACAGUUUCUUAUGGUCAGUUCACUGCUACCCUGCAAGAGUUGACAAUGGGUGAGAGGUAUGAAAUUCAAGUUCUUACCGCUAAUGAGGCCGGCCGGGGACCACCAAGUAUUCUUCAAGUUUUUCUAGUGGGCGAUGUUGCUCCAUUUGAUCCACCUUCAGAUGUUAAGGUCACAAACAAGAGUUCUACAGAACUUGAGAUAACAUGGAAACCUCCGCCUGAUGAUAGUACAAAUGGCAAACUGACAGGAUAUAAUAUCCAUUACUGGCAGUCAGCCUCUUCAAAAUGUGAACCUUCAGCUACAACACUUUACUAUGUCAGAGAGACGAGCAUUGUCUUGAGAAACUUGAAACCCUAUACGAUUUACUGUAGUACUGUCCAGGCUCUGAAUAUUGCAGGUGAAGGCCCACAGAGCAAGCCUAUUCCCAUGCAAACAUCCGAAGAUUUACCAAGUGCUCCAAUGAAUGUCAGAUUUCUCAACAUCACCCUGCGGGAAAUGACCAUAGUCUGGGAUGCACCUCGCACACCUAAUGGAAACAUUACUCAUUACCAGUUACAGUAUUUCACAUCCGUUGAUAAUG